AUGAAUCAAACACUGAUAUUGGAAUUUGUGCUGGUGAUAUUUACUGAAAGCCAGACACUGUUGAGGUUGUAUGCUGUGCUCUUCUCACUGAUCUACCUAAUGGCCAUGUUGGAGAAUUUAAUUAUCAUCUUCCUUACAAUUCUUGACCAGCACCUCCACACAUCAAUGUACUUUUUCCUUAGACAUUUGUCAUUUUUAGAUCUGUGUCUUAUUUCUGCCACAGUCCCAAAAUUUAUCCUCAACUACAUCACCAUCACUGAUUCCAUCUCUUUUUUUGGAUGUGUGUCACAGCUCUUUCUGGUAGUACUAAUGACUGGAUCAGAGAUUGGUAUCCUGACUGUGAUGUCCUAUGACCGCUAUGUUGCCAUCUGCCGCCCUCUGCAUUAUGAGGCUGUCAUGAGCAAAGGGGCUUGUGUUUGGUUUAUGACUGUGUCCUGGUUCAAUGGAGGGGCCUUGGGAAUCUUGUACUCAAUUGGGACAUUCUCUCUGAAUUUUUGUGGGUCUAAUAAGAUACAUCAAUUCUUUUGUGAAGUUCCUGCCCUAUUCAAGCUCACUUGUUCUCAAGAACACACAACUCUUACCAUUAGUGUGGCUACUGGGGUUUGUUAUGCAUUUUUAUGUUUAGUUUGCAUUGUGGUCUCCUAUAUGUGUAUUUUCUCCACUGUGUUAAAAAUCCCAAACAGAGCAAACCAAUCUAAAGCCUUUUCCACCUGUAUGCCCCACCUCAUUGUUGUGAGUGUAUUCCUUCUAACAGGUGCUGUUGCUUACUUAAAGGCAGCAUCCAAUGAAACUUCUCUUGUAGACUUGCUAGUGUCUGUGUUCUAUUCUGUGGUACCCCCAACCUUGAAUCCUGUUAUAUACUGUCUGAGGAACAAGGACAUUAAAUCAGCUCUAGGUAGACUACUGUGGAAAGUUAAAAGCAUGGAAUAA